AAUGUUGUUACUGGAAGUGCGCGUGAAAUGAGAUCAAUAGAAAUCUCAUAAGCAAAAUUGUCUGAUAGCAUCAAAUAAUCGAAAAAUAUAAACAACUAUGUUGCAGUUUAGCAAACAAUUGUUGAACAGAAGUUUGACAAACAAUUUCAGCUCAACCACUGCGGUCUUGGCUGGAAGUCAAGUCCAAAGUACUUCAACGAUUAGAAAUCUUAAUCAAUUCAACAACAUUGGCAACAACGCUGAGAAAGUCAGCAACAACUUGUGCCAUAAGCGAUUGUCGUCGACCAGUCAAAGUUCAACCUCCAGCAGCAUGAAGCGUUUAGCAGGUAAAGUCGCUGUGGUCACCGCUUCAACAGACGGCAUUGGAUUUGCCAUUGCCAAGCGUUUGGCUGAGGAUGGAGCCGCCGUUGUGAUCAGCAGUCGCAAGCAAAAGAAUGUUGACAAUGCCUUGGCCGAGCUGCGUAAAUUGAAUCUGAAUGUUCAUGGACUCAAGUGUCAUGUUAGUGAAGCUACUGAUCGCAAGCAGCUCUUUGAUGAGACCAUUAGCAAGUAUGGAAAACUAAACAUUUUGAUAAGCAAUGCAGCCACAAAUCCUGCUGUGGGCGGCGUGCUCGAGUGUGAUGAGAAAGUCUGGGACAAAAUCUUCGAUGUGAAUGUGAAGAGUUCAUAUCUGUUGGCCAAGGAGGCACUGCCCUACUUGCGACAGGAGAAGGGCUCCAGCAUUGUGUUUGUCUCCUCGAUUGCGGGCUACGAUGCUUUUGAGCUUCUCGGCGCCUACUCGGUGAGCAAAACUGCACUCAUUGGACUAACAAAGGCAGCAGCCAAGGAUUUGGCACCUGAAGGCAUACGUGUCAAUUGCCUGGCACCCGGCGUCAUACGCACAAAGUUCUCCAAGGCACUUUAUGAGAACGAGGCGGCCAAUGAAGCAGCACUCAGCAAGAUUCCCAUGGGUCGAUUGGGCACCAGCGAGGAGAUGGCUGGUGUGGUUUCUUUCCUGGUGUCCGAAGAUGCUGGCUACAUAACUGGUGAAUCGAUUGUCGCCUCUGGCGGCAUGAGUGCGCGUCUCUAAAGUGAUUCAGGCAUACUUAUUUAUUAUGUCUUACAAAUAUAGCAAAAGUGUUACAAAAUCGAAGAUACAGGAAUUAAGAUCGCAGUUAAUUUGAAUGUUAUAAUAAUAAUUAAUCAACUAUGAAGAACGUAAUUUUGCCAGCUGGUCUGCAAUGUCCUUUUCGGUACGUUUGCCCGCCGAGGUGCUUACUUCAAGAUCGUCCGUGCCCGUUGAUGGUAUGCCCGACAUCUUGCCAGAGAUUUCAAUGCCAAUUUCAUCGAGUACCUUGUUGACCACAUCGUUGGACUCCUCCUCGUCACCCGAUUCGUUAAGCAUAUCAUCGAGAGUAUCGUUGAUCAUCUCGUCGGUCAUCUCCAUUCGCAUAUUCGCCUGCUGGAAGUCGCGCACAGUGCCCGCUAUGGCUUCCGGUCGCAUCACCUUAUUCAUGCUGGCCAUUGUCUUGGCCGUGGUGCCCAUGGCUUCACCCAGUGCAAUGUUGGCGCCCAUGUUUUUGUUCUGAUAUCCAAUGGAUUGUAUUUUGCCAGAAGCUGCAUAGCUGCGUGAUUUCUGCUUUCGUAUCUCCACCAAUUGUUUGGCCAAAAUGCGGCAUGCAUCGUUAUUGCCAGAGGCUGCAUUCCGUUUGAUAUCCAACAUCAAUUUCUUCUCCUCUUCCUCCAAUUUGCGUCGCUCUCGCUCGAUGUCGCGUGUUGCCUUCCGCAGACUGCGAUCAUUUUCGCGUUGCUGCUCCUUGACAGUGGGUUUCUUGCCAAAUAUAUUGUUGAACAUUUUGCGCAAUUUUCACAGUACGAAUAUAUUUUCUAUUUGCUUCUGAAUGGAUGAAUCAUUGGUAAA